AGAUAGCCUGAUAUUGUGACAUACUUCAGACUGUACCAAAUACAUAAAAAAGGUCUGUCUGAAAGCAUUUAUUCGUUUCUGACUCUGACUAGGAAAGUGGUAAAAACAAUAAAGAAACCACUGUAUCUCUGAACUAUCUCUUUAACAUUCAGGCUAUUCUCUGUGAUCUUCUUUUGACAACUAAUGUAAUAACUAAUGUAAUACUUUUUCACUUCCAUUCACUGAGCCACCCAUGAAACCGUUUUAGCCCUCUGGGGAGGCCCUCCUCCUACUUUGAAAACCUCUGAUCAAAGUGAACCUGAGCUGUUUACAAGUUUCAGUUUUAAAAGGAAGAGAAUGAAAUGAAAUGUACCAAACAUUGUGAAAGAAAGGGGCAAGAAAGGGCAAAUGUUCACAUUGUACAUGUAAGGAGGACAGAGGUCAUGCAGACUGGGCCACAGACAUGCACACGCCUGCAGUUAUCUGUAUGCUCAUCUGACCGUCUCUCUCUCCCUCUCUCUUUCUCUCUCUUUCUCCCUCCCUCUCUCUCUCUCUCUCUCUCUCUCUCCCUCCCUCCCUCUCUCAUGGAGGGGUUUUUCGGGUGACGGCUCCUUUAAGAAAACGGAACUGAGCCUCUGCUUUUGACGCGCUGAGGAUGUGGGCAGGAAACGCCAUGCAAGAGAGGAGAAGCGAUCACGCUUCCCAGCACCGUUGCACAAUACAGUGCAAUCAAAAUGUGCUUUAAUGUGCGACGUUGAAUGUCCAGGAGCAGUCAUUCUCCUCGGAUCUGCAAUCCGCGGCCGUCUGACAGCGGGCUUGGAGGCUUUUUGCCGGCGUGGGGUUUGACUGCGAUCCGAGCGAGAGCGCAGCCUUCCCAGCCUGCUCGGGUUUGAAAACAUCGGGGCUGGUCAGCGGGUGGGAGAGAGGAGGCUUCGUCGCGGAAAAAGGAGGUGUCUGCUUUUUUUUUUUUAACCCCCAGCCAUGAGGGAGUACAAAGUGGUUGUUUUGGGAUCGGGCGGAGUCGGCAAAUCCGCGUUGACGGUCCAGUUCGUGACGGGCUCCUUCAUCGAGAAGUACGACCCUACGAUAGAGGAUUUCUACAGGAAGGAGAUCGAGGUGGACUCGUCCCCGUCGGUGCUGGAGAUCCUGGACACGGCGGGGACCGAGCAGUUCGCCUCCAUGCGAGACCUGUACAUCAAGAACGGGCAGGGCUUCAUCCUGGUCUACAGCCUGGUCAACCAGCAGAGCUUCCAGGACAUCAAGCCCAUGAGAGACCAGAUCAUCCGGGUGAAGAGAUACGAGAGGGUGCCCAUGAUCCUGGUGGGGAACAAGGUGGACCUGGAGGGGGAGAGAGAGGUGUCUUCCGGGGAAGGCAAGGCGCUGGCCCAGGACUGGAACUGCCCCUUUAUGGAAACUUCAGCCAAAAAUAAAGGAUCAGUCGACGAACUGUUCGCAGAAAUAGUCAGACAGAUGAACUACUCAACUGUCCCCAGUGGUGGAGACCAGUGCUGUUCAUGUGUCCUGCUCUAAAAAAAAAAAAAUCACAAAAACAGUCAUGCAUCUGGGCAGAGCUUCUGACUUGUCCCUGCAGGCUUUUUUUUUCCUUUGCAAAAGUAUUCUCUCUCUCUUUCUCCUCACACUGUUGUCUUACUGUUGCACACAAACAAAAAUCAACGACGACAACAAUCGAUUAUGUAUAAUAGUCUGGAAAAGUGUUUACAUGACAAAGUACUUGAAUGUUUUGGGAUUUUUUUAUAGCUUUGUAUAUGACACUUCUCUGGAAAUGUGCCUCAAUGGGAAUGUCUUAUUGUAAAACCUAAGAGACACGUGUUUUCUUGUUUAUUUCUCUUUUUUGCUCAUGGAAAAGUGUAAUGGUUUUAUUUGUUGAGUUGUACUGUUACAUCUUCUGGGCUUGGUGUUAGUGGUGGUGCUGGUUUUGGGGGUUGUUUAUGUCUAAUCCCCAGGCAGAGUUGGGAUUGGACACUUUUAGGAUCUUGUUUUUUGGCUGAUAUGAAAGAGCAGGAGGUCUGAAAAAGUCUCUUGUGAACUUGUCAGUCACCACUCAAGCCUUGCACAGGUUACUCCAAUCCCGAUUCCCGUGAUUUAUUUCUCCAAGAGGCGUAAACCCCACCUGCUAAGAUACUGUGUUUGAAGCUGUCAACUGGUGGAGUUGCCUAUGUAUUUUUGUUUUUUUCCCCUCUCCGGUGUGGUGAAAGUGGAUUUAUAAUGGAACUUGCACUUAGCUGACGGUGUCCCUCCUCAGUGUGCACAAACGAGGACCUUAGUGCAUUGCUGUCGCUGCAUGGGGGAACGCCAUGACCCCAUGUCAAGUGCCUUCCUAAGAAAACUCCUGUGACUGUGCCAACUGAUGAGCCCUACUUCCUCUGCAGUGCGUUUUGAUGGCAAUCAGAACUUUUUAAGCAGUUUUCAGUAUACAUUCUAGUUUAAUUUGGUGUUAGAGUGAAAAAGAGCCUCUACCUAUUUUACUGUCAGGAAGCUCAGCUUGUAAACUGACAUGCUCUUGCUGUCGGGGUCGGAAUCAAGCCGUUUCUCGAGGUACUAUAGUCCACCAAGAACAACAGAAUAACUUUAACAUUCGCUGAAUGGCAAGCCAUGUCUGUCUGUAUUAUCUAGUUUGUUAUUUUUCUUUUUCUAAAAAUGUGACAUUUUUUUGACUUACCGUAAUUGUAAUUCUCCCUUUGGACAAAAUCAUCUGCCAUCCACCUGUCCGUUUGAAAGACUUGUAAUACAAAACACAUUUUAUGUAA